AUGUCCUUUUUCCGCAUAACGCUGCACCGCUCGGCCAUUGGCCUGCCGAAGCGCACGCGAGGCGUGCUCGCGGCGCUGGGUCUCCGACGGCGCAGCCAGGUGGUGUUCCACCCGGUGAGCGCGGACUUUGCGGGUAUGAUUAUGAAGGUGAAGGAGCUGGUGAGGGUGCAGGAGGUGGAGAGGGCGAUGACGAAGAAGGAGGUGACGGCGGAGAGGAGGCCGGAUAGGGGGUUCGUCGUGGAGGGGAAUGUGAGGAAGGGUGCGGAGGUGGCGUGA